AGCACAAACCAUGCAAUUCAUCAAAUCCAAACCCAUAGCUCAUUCUUGCUUCAACUUCACACGCUCACUCUCCGAUUUUUCAACUCUCUCCAACCUCUUACAAGGACGCAUUUCCCAUAAUCACCUUCUACAAAUCCACGCUCGGGUUUUCCGUAUUGGUGCUCACCAAGACAAACUCAUCGCCACCCGCCUUAUUGGUCAAUACCCAUCAAAUAUUUCCCUCCGAGUACUUCACGGCCAGUUAAAAGAACCCAAUCUUUUCCCCUUCAACGCCAUUAUCAGGGUUCUUAGUGAAGAGGGAAAUUUCGCUGACGCAUUCGUGGUUUUUAACAAGUUAAGAUAUCAGUCCCUUUUGCCUAAUCAGUUGACCUUUUCGUUCCUUCUUAAAGCUUGUUCUCGUUCCGGGAAUUCAUAUUAUGUUCAACAGGUUCAUUCCCUUGUUCUAAAGUUGCGUCUUGGUGAUGACUCAUCUGUCUUUAAAGGGUUGUUAAGCGUUUAUGCUAGGAGUUUGAGAGAUUUGCAUUCUGCGCGUAAGCUGUUUGAUGAAAUGCCUGAGAAGGAUGUUAUUUCUUGGACUUGUUUGAUUUUUGGGUAUGCCAAGUUGGGUUUGUCUGAGGAAGCUUUGUGUCAAUUUUUAUCUAUGGUAAAGAAGAGCUUGAUCCCUGAAAAUGAUACUAUGAUUAGUGUGUUAUCUGCAUGUUCGAAACUUGAUAUGUCGAAUAUCGAGAAAUGGAUUGGGAACUUUUUGUAUGAUUUAGGAAGUUCCGGAUGUGACUCUGUUAGAAUUGUUCUUGUUUACUUGUAUGGAAAGUGGGGAAAGGUUGAUAAGAGUCGGGAAAUAUUUGAACAAAUUUCUGGUGAUGGGAAGAGAAGUGUGCUUCCUUGGAAUGCUAUGAUAGGCGCAUAUGUUCAGAAUGGCUGUGCGUUAGAGGGUUUAAGUCUUUUCCAGUUGAUGAUGGAGCUUAAUUGUUGUUGCCCCAAUCAUGUGACAAUGGUUAAUGUGCUCUCAGCUUGUGCUCAAGUUGGUAAUUUGUACCUUGGUUUGUGGGUUCACGAGUACAUGAAAGGUAGUAGGCAAAAAGGGUUUUUACUUUCAAAUGCAAAUCUUGCAACUGCUUUGAUAGAUAUGUACUCUAAAUGCGGUAGUUUAGAGAAAGCAGGAGAUGUUUUUGACCAAUUGGUUGUAAAAGAUGUUGUUUCAUUCAAUGCUAUGAUCAUGGGUCUUGCAAUAAAUGGUAAAGGCAUGGAGGCGUUAAAACUUUUCUCGCAAAUGUUAGAGCUUAAUUUGCGUCCGAAUGCUAGAACAUUCCUUGGUUUGCUAUGUGCUUGCAGUCACUCAGGUUUGACAGCAGAAGGCCGUCAGAUAUUUAAGGAAAUGAGCCAUUGUUUUUGUAUUGCUCCUGGAUUGGAACAUUAUGCUAGCUAUAUUGAUCUUCUCGCUCGAGUAGGUUAUGUUGAGGAAGCACUUCAAGUUGCUACCUCAAUGCCUUUUAAACCCAAUAAUUUUGUAUGGGGAGCUUUGCUUGGUGGCUGCAUGCUGCACAACAGAUUGGAACUAGCCCAAAUUAUUUCCUCCAUUCUUGUGGAGGUGGACCCUAACAAUUCUGCUGGCUAUGUGAUGUUGUCCAAUACAUAUGCCAGUGAUCAACGCUGGAGCGCUAUUUCACGACUGAGGCUGUCAAUGAAGGAAAAGGGAGUAGCAAAGAUGCCAGGAUGUAGUUGGAUUAACAUUGCCGGAGUAGCGCAUGAAUUUCUGGCUGGGUCCUCCUCACAUCCUCAGAAUGAAAGCAUGCAUGGCAUAUUGCAGGUGUUACUGAAGGAGAUGAAGCUAGCAAGUAUUUAGACAACUCACAAGCAUAUUAUCAUUGAGGAGUUACUAUGAGAAGCACACUCUUUCUACCAUAUGGGUUUGCGGACAUAAAGAAUGGGCUUGGUGGGAUAGAGCUGCAUUAAAGAUCUCUGUUGUUUAGAUAGGAUAUGCGGACUCUCUGGAAGGCACUAGGCUAGUGGAUUCUGUCGCUUGGUUUCAUGGGGCUAUCUAUUUGCAGCAUUGACUGUCACAGGUACUCUCUUGGAAAUAACUCCUCCAUUACACCAUUUCAUCUCUUUUUAGCAGCUGCUGGUUCCAAUAAAUGUGGUAGAGCCUUUGUCUUCAGCUGAUGCAUGAUUCUGCUGCGUGAUCCUUUAAUUUUGUUGCGCUGAUACACAGUGGAGUUAUUUCUGGACUUCAGAUGGCUGCCUUUAUGCACUUUUUAGACCAGUAACAUCAGGAUACUUGUUUGAGCUUCCUGAUACAGUCAGAACAAUUUCGAAAGUCUGCAAUGAAGCCUGCAAGUGUGGAGCAUUAGUUGCCAUCACAGCAUCAGAUGUAUCCUGCAUUGAGAGACAUUAUGAAUAUGAUGAUUACUGGGAAAUCAUGGAAAAUUAUGCAGAUAUAGUAUUUGCGAACAGUGAAGAAGCAAGAGCUAAAAUUCCAUUUCUGCUACAAGGUACCUGAGCCAUUUUGUCCCUUUAGUUUCCAUCACAAAUGGGCCUAAAGGUUCUUACAUUGGUGUGAAGGGGGAGGCUAUCUAUAUUCCUGUCACCAUGCCUGUAGAUACUUGUGGUGCAGGGGAUGCUUAUCCAUCAGGUAUUUUUUUCAGAAUAUUGAGGGUGUCUCAUUUGAAAAGCAGGGGUUCCGUAGCAGCUAAGGUUGCACCUGUAGUGGUAGGGCAACAAGGUACUAGGCAUAAGAUACGAGAUGCAAUUGGGUUGGCAGAAGUCAUUUUCAUCCCAUUGCAGGGACCUAAUUUUUUGGUCUGAUAUAGGUCCGAUCAGAUUUCCAGCUUGUAAUACUCAAAAGGUGAGCUUUGACAUCGGUUUAGUGGUUAUCGCAUUAGUUUUAUAUUCUCACAUUCUUCGCUCUAGAGUUUGUACAGUGAUAUUCAUUGUAAUUAUUCACGUCGUUGGUUUAAUCAAUAAUGGAUUCAACAAAAGAUUUAAGGAAUUUGAACUUGCUUCAGUUUUACA